CUGAGGCUGGGGCGCGGCGCUCCGGCGGGGGGGUUGCGGGGCCGUGCGCGCCCGCCCGCCCGCCCCGGGGCUCCCUCCAGCGGCAGCCGGGCAGGCUCCGCGCCGCCCCGCCGCCCCUUCCCCUCCCCGUCCCCGGCGUCCCUGCCGCAUUGCGGCCCCCCUUUGCCCCGGCACUCGGUGCCCGCCGCCGGGCCGCUCCCCGCCCUCUCCCCUCCUCCCCGCCGGGCUCUGUCCGUGGUGCCUGCGGGCGGCCCCGGAGCCGCCGGCCGCGAGCUCCGGGGGUGUGCCGCGGCCGCCUCCCCGCUCCCGCUACCAUGAGCUUCUUCGGGUUCGGGCAGAGCGCGGAGCUGGAGCUGGUGCUGAGCGACGCCGAGAGCCGGCGGCGGGUGGAGCACAAGACGGAGGAAGGCAAGAAGGAGAAAUACUUCCUCUUCUACGACGGGGAGACCGUCUCGGGGCGGGUGGUCCUCACCCUCAAGCACCCCAACAAGCGGCUGGAGCACCAGGGCAUCAAAGUGGAGUUCAUCGGGCAGAUCGAACUCUACUACGACCGAGGAAACCACCACGAGUUCGUGUCUCUGGUGAAAGACCUGGCCCGCCCUGGUGAAUUCACUCAGUCACAGACGUUUGACUUUGAAUUCACACACGUGGAAAAACCUUACGAGUCCUACACGGGGCAGAAUGUGAAGCUACGGUACUUCCUCCGAGCGACUGUCAGCCGCAGACUCAACGAUGUGGUGAAGGAGAUGGACAUAGUUGUGCACACUCUGAGCACCUACCCAGAGCUCAACUCCUCUAUUAAGAUGGAGGUGGGGAUUGAGGAUUGCCUGCACAUUGAGUUUGAGUAUAACAAGUCCAAGUACCAUUUAAAAGAUGUGAUUGUUGGAAAGAUCUACUUCCUGCUGGUGCGAAUCAAGAUCAAACACAUGGAGAUCGAUAUAAUCAAGAGAGAAACGACGGGGACGGGACCCAACGUGUAUCAUGAGAAUGACACAAUAGCUAAAUAUGAGAUCAUGGAUGGGGCACCCGUGAGAGGGGAGUCCAUUCCCAUCCGACUCUUUCUGGCUGGCUACGAGCUGACUCCCACCAUGAGGGACAUCAAUAAGAAGUUUUCGGUGCGUUAUUACCUCAAUCUGGUGCUGAUUGAUGAGGAAGAGAGACGCUACUUUAAACAACAGGAGGUGGUGCUUUGGCGGAAAGGAGACAUAGUGAGGAAGAGCAUGUCCCACCAAGCAGCCAUCGCCUCUCAGCGCUUUGAGGGGACAUCCUCACACAGCGAGGCCAAGACGCCCAGCCAGCCUGCAGAGAACAACGGCCGGCAGUGAGAGGCCACGCAGAGGAAGGCUGCUGUGGAGCCAGUGGGGACAGCAGCGAGGAGGAAGAAAACAAACAAAAAACACUUCAGAGACUUCAUGAAAAUAAAUAUCUGGGUUUGACUUAAUUCCUUUCUUCAAAGGACUUGUAGGGUGGGAAGGGGAUGGGAGGGCGAGGCAAGCUGGAGCACUGGUGGUGCAGAGUUGAAGGUACCUCAGUGCUUCCCAAGCACCUACAUUCCUCUGGGGUCGGCUGCUCUGAGGCGUGUGUCUGGGGGUGCGGAGCUGCCUGAUCUCCUCUUUGCCCCGAGACCCUUUCAGUGUGGUGGCGGGGAGAGAGAGAGCAAGUGAAGGCCAAAUCUGCUGCUUCUUCCCAGCGGUGUGGAGGUUGCUUUGGGACUAUGGAGGAUGGAUAUUUUUCUUGCCUUUCUGAAAUCUUCACGAGUGAAAAUGACAGAGUGAUUAGCUGGAAGGUAGAAGAGAGAGUCAGAGACCGAGGUGCGGCCUACUUUGAAACUGCUUCGUGUUAUCCGCUCGCUGCCUCCCCCUCCUCUUCAUGCUGGUGUUGGGUUCCUUGUCACAAAGGGUUACACAGCGUAGUUGACUCGUCCCUGGGUGUGUCCCAUGGCAUCCUGGCCAGUGAGCUCCUGACCACCCUGUUGCCUCCAGGGGAGCUGUGGCUGGCGGGAGGGAGCGAGGCGAGUGAAGGCAGUAGGAGAUGGCACAGGUUAGGCAGAGUGAUGAAGGUCCCAGUACUGCUGGAUGGGCAAGAAGAGGAGGCAGGAAGGCUCCUGACCAAGAGCAGUGCCUUCCUACUCUUGUAUUGGCAGCUGCCUGAGUGCCCCUGAGAUCCAGUCUGUUGCUGUGCUCACACUGGUCCCAGUUGCUGCUGCAGAGCAGGGGCAGACCAGCCUUGAAAGGUCUAGAGAAUAGUUCUGGAAGAUGAGAAAUAAAUGAGGGCUCUCUUGGGAGUGGGCUUAUGUGGUGCACGCUGCCCUGCUCGUGUGUGUCCCUGCAGCAGAGCAAGGUUUGUAGGGACAGACAGCAAUGUAGAAACGUGUGUGGUGUUUGCUCCCUCACACCUGUGGGAUGAGGAUUAGCAAGGACAGAAAGUGCAUGUGAUUGUUUUAAGGGUGGUAGAGCUCUCUGAUUCCAGAGAUGCAUUCCUGAGGCCUGAGCUAAAGUCACCAGUGAGCUCUGAGGGUAUGCCAUGAACCAAGAACCUCAGUGUGGGCUUUUUGUUUUCUAAAAUAAGCUUCUUUUAGGCUUCAGCUAAGUAGAAUCGUAAGAACAUUCCCAGAAGAGAGUCACUCCUCCAUUAGAUUUGGCUUUGUAGACUUCAUUGACUGUGUCUGGAGAGUAUCCAUCGUGUUCAGAUGCCCUUCAGGGAAGCAGGUGGUUAGACCUCCUACCAGAUGUAGAGACAAGCCUACACUAAGUGCUGGGAUAGGAGCUCUAUUGAGUGGGAUUCCCCUGCAUUUCCCUGUGAGUUGGUGGCUCACUAGGGUUUUGUCCAGCUUCCUUUGGACUCUGGGAUCAAUGUCCUCUGCCUCUGUCCUAUGGCUGAAUGUAGAAUUCAGUCUUGCUGCUGGGAAAUGGAAGUAUCUUCUGUUUUGUUUAGUGGAACUGUGCUGGUGGAGGGAGGGGGCCUGGGUGGGAAGGGGAGCUUUUUGUGUAAUAAGACAGCUACUGUAUUUCAGUGAUAAAUGUGUGUUUCUGCUUGCCAAAGUAAGUUAUCUUUUACUCACCAUGUGUAAGGUUGUGGUUUUUAGUAGAGCUGGACAGUCUCACUCUGUUGUAGAGGACACUAAUGAUCUCAUCUCUGCUGAAUGCUUGUGUCACACCAUGUUUCUGCUCUGUGAUAGUGAAGACGUGGCUUGCUUUUCUUUACAUGAGAAGUCUGUGCCAUGGGCUGGAGCCGUGUCUUACUAAGACUGAAGCAAAAACUUACUUUAGACAAGGACUUUGUUACCCCAGGGCAAGGGGUGGUAGCCUGCUGCAGGCAAAGGGACAUGGAUGUUGCUUUUGACACUCACUCUACUCCCUGCUCUGUGUAGGGGGAAGCCCCUGUGCUGUGGCAAUACACAAUCUUUUAGAGCUAAGUGAAGCUCCCGUGGGCAGCCUCUUGGGGACAGUGGACUGUCUUUCCAUGGCUAAGCUGAGCACAGCAGCACCCUCCUUGCCCUCCAGCUUUCUCUCAACUCCCAUCCCACCUAGAAUUUUUGUUUUCCUUGCCUGUUCCUCUUGCUUGUAGGCCAUGUGGUGGUACAGAAACCCCAUGGGUGACGAUGUCUCUGCAUUCCAGGAGUGUUUUGUUUACUGGCCAGACAGCAUCAGUACUGGAUGUAAGAUCCAUGUCUGGCAAGACAAUGCACUGUAAGGAGAUUUCCAUUAAAUGUCUCUCCAUCACUUCAGGAGGGAUUACUUGGACAAGGUGCAUGAGCCUAUAUGUUGGGUGAGGGUUUUUUUCCUACUUUGUGCCCCUCUCCCCUGUGUCCCUACUUAUGGAACCGGAAUUUAGAAACAAUCCCCAUUUUUACUUAAUCAACCUGUUACCCACUAGGCUCUCUGUUUGUCUGGGGUGCAGCAGAUGUGCUGAGCAUCUUCAGAGAGAAGCUGAAGCAUAAGGUCACUCCAGGACAAGGUACUUCAGAAAAGCAUUUCAUUAGCAUGGUGAGGGGCAGACAGUACCCAGGCAGUCACAUCUGCCUGAGCUGGGUGGUUCUGUUCAGCCCUUGGGUCAUUCCCUCUCCUCCUGGCAAAGUCAGGCGGGAGGGGGAGUGUGCAAGUACUAAACCAAGCAGUGCAACCUGUAAUUAAGCCUCUGCUGUGUUUACAUGUUUCUUAAUUCGUUGUCUUUUCAAUGGCUGUAUUUUAAAACUUGGGUUUUUUUGUCUCUCCGAUUAAAAAGAGCCAUCCCUGGCUGUCAAAUGCUGUGCA